CUCCAAUUCUUUCUGGCUCACGAGUCGGUGCGGGGCUGUGGAGAGUGGGGAAACAGGGGAUUACCGCUGUGGCGGCCGCCGGCGAUCUGGCGCCUCACCCUCACGGCUCCGGCUCCCCCGACCAUGUACAGCUCCGGCUCCUCCGACCAUGCCGCACACUCCUUGCCCAGCGCCCUCCUUCUCCAGGUCCCGCAGCCACCAUGAGUUGCUCGCCUCAACCCAGGUCGAUGACCACUCCGAACUAUCCUGCCGUCUGCUCUUGAGGCUGCCGUCAGACAAUUCUCCUACCAUUGCGCAGCGUCGGCGUUCAGUGCGCCGCCCCGUGAGCCCACCCUGACGCCAUGCUUCUCCCUCCUGACUCCUGAGGAAGCUGGGCAGCAAGUUCAGCUGCUGAGGUCCAAAUACUCUACCUCUGCAACAAGCUGUCCUAUGCGGAUACCUGGAAAAAGCAGGACCUCUAUGGUUCAGAGUUGUUGAGUGUACAACGUUGUAUAUAUUCAAUUCGGUGUGUUCUAGUAUUAUAUAUGUAUUCGUAAAUUUCGUCGUGCUAAACGGUUAUUCCAGGAAUCAUUUCAGUAGCCCAAUCAGUGUGCUUAUUUGUUUAGAUGACACUAGAAUUUUUUGUGAAGAACAAUGUACAAUCAUUGUGUUGUUCACCUUUAUUUAUCUUUCUAUCAGGUCUGCUUUAGUUAUAUGCCAAGAUUUCAAUUACCACGGUUUCUUCUGUUGAGGUGGGGCAGCUGAGGAACAUAUAUCAGAUAAGGCACAAAAUGCUGAACUGAAGUUGUUUCUCGAAGUGGAAUUUGGACUGGAUCUGCAGCCUCUCCCUCCUGAGAAGAGCAAGGAAGAUAAUCAUUCUGUUCAUCAAACCCUCCAGGCCCAAAGAAGAAGUGUUUAUGUUCAUCCAGUUUCUCAGGCUGCAGUUUUGGGGAACACCCAUAACAUGACGUGGAAUGGUAACUAAAUAAAAUUGUUGAUGUACUUUUACCAACCAAUAUUCACUCUUGGUCAGGUCCAUCCUGCUAAUAUUUGUUGUAUUGCUGAAUUUUUUAGCAGAUUGUUCUCCUGUUAUCAUGUAGCAGAUUCCACAUUGAGCAGUAAUGUACUACUAUAAUGCAGUUCUUUCAUGACCAUCGUAUUACUGUACUUAAUAGAGUUAUAUGGUGUGAGCAUACUCCCUAUACCUAAGUUUUUCUCUAUUCACUUGUGCUAAGGCAUUCAACCAAUGUACUACUGAAUUUUAUAGCUGGGCUCUUGUUUCGCUAAUGCAAUGGAAUCGGGGGGCUUUGCCCUCCUGAUUGUCUAAAUAUUUUAUAGCUGGUUGUUGGUCUUGUGUGCCGGUUCCCAGAUCGAGUAAUGAUGAUGCAAUUCUUGAUUGGUGUUUGCAACAUUUCACGUUUUUUGUUGCAUGUUUUUUCUGGCCUUUGAAAUUCUAAACAACGCCAAGAGAACAGUCAGCUUAGAGAUUUCCUCACCAAAUUUCGUGGCGCAGCGGAGCGUACCUGUUCCAGAGUAUAUAACUACAAGUACAUCAGCUUCACACCAUAAGAGACAGAGAAAUUGACAGCACGGCUCUUCCACAGCUAUGUCUUCUUCCUCCACCACCAUGGCUGCCAUAUGGGCUCUGGCCAUUAUCCACCUCCUUCUAUUGCUCCCACUCCUGCGGUCCUCCAUUGUGUUCGAGCUCCACGGCGACGUCUAUCCUACUGGCCUCUUCUACGUUACCAUGAACAUUGGGGAACCCGCGAAGCCCUACAACCUUGACGUCGACACGGGCAGCCCCCUCACGUGGCUGGAGUGUGACGCCCCCCUCCAGAGCACUCACAAGGGGCCACACGAAGCGUACAGACCAACACCGACCAACGUGGUGCCAUGUGAUGAUGAGCGCUGCGUGGCGGUGCACAGGGACCUCGGCCUCGCGCACGACUGCACUCGGAACCCAGACCAAUGCGACUAUGUGUUUGGUUACAAGGACGGCGAGUCAUCCUUGGGCGUGCUCUUGGCCGACCAGUUCUCCCUCCCCACCAACAAUGAGAACCGACCCAACCUUGCUUUCGGCUGUGGGUACGACCAGGAAGGUGGGCAAGAGGCAGGCAAGAAGCUGGUGGAGGCGGAUGGCGUCCUCGGGAUCGGCAGGGGGACGGGUGACCUCGUCUCCCAGCUAAAGCAACAAGGCAUAAUCACUGACAAUAUCUUUGGCCACUGCCUCGGCGUCCAUGGAGGGGGUUUCCUCUUCUUUGGGGGCGACAGGGUGCCCUCUGCCGGCGUAACCUGGGUUCCAAUGGCUCAGAAUGUCGGGAGCCACUACUCACCUGGCGCAGCAACACUGAACCUCAAUGUACAACUGGAAUACCCGGUAAGCAUGGAGCCAAUGACCACCAUGUUUGACAGCGGGAGCACCUACACCUAUGUGCAUAAGGACACAUAUGGUCGCCUUAUUUCAGCGGUGGGAGUGACUCUCGAGGGUUCAUCACUUACCAAGGUGGACGAUGAUGCGCUGGCUGAAUGCUGGGAAGAAAACGAGCCAAUUCAAUUUGUUGACGACGUCAAGAGUAAAUUCAAGCCACUUGAACUUACUUUUGGCCAUGGGGCUAACCAGGCCACCAUGGAGAUCCCUCCUGAAAACUAUAUCGUUGUCACGAAAACCGGGAAAGUGUGCCUGGGCAUCCUCAAUGGAUCACAGAUUGGUCUGGAUCGACUGAACCUAAUUGGAGGUAAUACAAUGCAGAAUUAUAUCAUGAUAUACGAUAACGAGAGAGCACGGAUCGGAUGGGCCCGUGCGUCAUGCUAUGAAAUGCCAGGUCUCGAACCUCUCAUCGGGUCGCGUCUCUGAAUGACGCUUCUUCUGACAUGCUGUGGGCUAAGCUAGAAGAUAGAUGGAGGUGUCAUCGCUUUAGAACCGGGGCUCAUACCUUAACAAGAAUGAAGGACUUCGAAUGAGAAAUUGAGAUGAUAUUUUUUGGAAAACUAUUUUUCCCACCGGCUGAUUGCAGCAUUCUGUUCCGCCGCGCGCUGCACCUUCCGAUCAUCGCUUGCGAUCUUACGGUGAUAGAGAGCGGCCGCAUGCAGCCUGCCUUGCUUUAUCUGAUUGCCAACUGAAACAUCACAGCUACAUCUAUAGACAAGGACGGGUAGAACCCUUGCAUUGUCUAAAGAAUGUAUUUCCCGCAAUAAAAAAAUCUAAAGAAUGUAUUUCCCGCAAAAAAAGAAAAUCUAAAGAAUGUGUUUUUUCUCUUCUA